CCUCCCCAAGUUCAGCCUCCGGUUUCAGCGGAAGAAGCGCAAUGGCGAAGAACGUACGCUGCCGCCUCGGGGAUGCCCUGGAGGACUUGACGGAGGCUGAGCUCCGAAAGUUCAAGGCGAAGCUCCACCAAUUCCCGGUGAAAUCCGGCAACGAUAAUAUCCCCAAAGGGCGGCUGGAGAAGGCGGACGCGCUGGAUCUGAGCGAGCUCCUGGUCGGUUACUACGGCGAGGAUUACGCCCUGGAGGUGACGGCCGCGGUGCUGUCCGAGAGCAACUGCAAGCCCCAGGCGAAGGCGCUUCUCAGCGCCACCGGGAAAGGUCCUUGCAUUUCGGUUCAGAAUCCCAUGCCCCCUUUCAGCACCCACUCAGGAAAAGCUGAGGUGCAUUUUGUUGAACGCCAUCGGGAGGCCCUCAUUCAGAGAACAGCCACAGUGGAAGCAAUUCUGGAUCGGCUGCAUGGAGAUGUCCUGAGUGAUGAGCAAUAUCAAAAAAUCGUGGCAAAGGAAACAAGCCAAGAUAAAAUGAGGGAGCUCUACAAGCUGCUGCCUAGCUGGAACCGUUCCUGCAAGGAUUGUCUCUAUGAAGCUCUGAAGGAAAAAAACAGGUUCCUCAUUGACGACCUCGAGGGACAGUGAGGCAGGCAACAGAAGUGAAAUUCCAUCUCGGGGCAUAGAAAAUCCAGCUCCAUAGAUCACAAGGAUCCCAUAGAACUACGCAUAUAGUACCUUUACACGUAGAACUAUAUAGUAUCUUUACACAUACAGGCUAUAUUUACAGUUGACCUGGUUACUGGAUUGUUCCAUUUUUCUGAGUUCACGGAGCACAUCAAACCAUAAACGAACCAAACAGGCUGGGUUCACUCAAUAUGCCAUGUUACAGAAACAUGGAAACAAAUGUGGCAUGAUAUGGGAACGCAGCUGCUAGAUCUUUAAAUGACCCAGUUAAGAAUAUUGUGUGAACAAAGCCAGUGAUUAUCAUCACACAUAAGAACUUCACUCGUUUUGCUCCAUGCAAAGAAAUGUGGAAAUAUCCCUUUGAGAUGAAAAACCCAAUAAGGGUAACUGCAUUUGAGUGAAAGACACUAGGACACGGCAGGACACAGAUCAUCGUCACCCCCUUGAAUAAAGUUCAUUGUCCUUUUCCUCUCUGGGGGCAGCACCUCCAUAGCCUGACUGGAUAAGCUGCGGUGAGAGCUCCAUUCAGCCUCCAAUGCUUUUUCAGAAAGUACUUUGGAUUACUUGAUGAUUUUAAAUGUGGAUAGGAUUGAUGGAGGGAGGAACCAACUUAAGAAUAAAAAGAAUGAGAUUUUUUAUUAAUACAGGUUUUACUCUGAGCGCUUCCACUUUACAUACAGUAGAUCACGUCCACAUUCCUCAUUGCCUUGCCUAUAUAUAGCCCUUGAUUGCAUUCCAAAUCAAAAACUGCCUCUUAUCCAAAGAAAUAUGUCCAUUUAUGCAAAAAUAACAAGUGUUAUCCAGAUGUUAUGGGGUGUGAUUUCCCCAGUCCCUUGUCACUGGCCAUGCUAGCUGGGGCAAGGGGAGCCCACAUCUGGAGCCCACCAAGCAAAGUGUCUCUCCUGCUGUAGAGAUUAAUUGGCUCUAGCCUCCGUCGUGAGGCCAAAGGUAGGGAAGCUGUAGAGCCAUGUUUCUGAACCUCAGCAACUUUAAGAUGGGUGGACUUCAACUCCCAGAAUUCCCCAGCCAGCUUGGGAGUUGAAGUCCACACAUCUAAAAGUUCCUGAGGUUGAGAAACACUG